CGGGCUGAGCAGGGAUGAGUGGCUGGGGUUAGCCCUUGGGGCGGCUCCCAAGCCUCGGCUUCCUCGCGCACCCGGGAUAAGAAGCCGGGGGUCUGGAGGGCGCAGCAGGGCUUGGCCAUGGCGCUCCCGGUGCUGCUACCCGGCCGCGCGCUGCUGCUCCUGCUGCUGCCGCUGCUGCUACCGCUGCUGCUCGGACCCCGGGCCUCUGACGCCCGGCAGCCGGCUCUGUGGCCCAUGCCUGUGUCCGUGAAGCAGUCACCCAAACUCCUGCACCUCGCCGCCGGCAGGUUUCAGAUCGUUCUUAACUCCAGUUCUACGAAUGGCAAUGGUUGCUUUCUCCUGGAGGAAGCUUUCCGCCGCUAUUACCAGUACAUUUUUGACUAUUCCAAGAUUCCAGAAGACCAUCACCAGACUUAUGUUGGACCAGAGCUACAAGAACUUGUGGUCACAGUUGACUCUGUCAUAGAUUGUGAAGAUUACCCUGACAAAAAGUCUCUCGAGUCUUAUAAAUUGUCUAUUCAGGAGACUUGGGCACAGCUAGAAUCUCCGAGUAUUUGGGGUGUUUUACGAGGUUUGGAGACUUUCAGCCAGUUAGUUUACAGAGAUCCUUGUGGGGCUUAUGUGGUCAACGAGACAAUGGUGGAGGACUUUCCAAGGUUUGGUUUUAGAGGAAUUUUAAUUGACACAUCCAGACACUAUCUGCCAAUGAAGACUAUUCUGACAACUCUGGAUGCCAUGGAAUUUAAUAAAUUCAAUGUUCUGCAUUGGCAUAUAGUGGAUGAUCAGUCCUUCCCAUAUCAGAGUACAACUUUUCCAAAGUUAAGCAGCCAAGGAGCCUAUUCUCCUCUCCAUGUUUAUACACAAAGAGAUAUUCAAGUUGUGCUUGAAUAUGCUCGAUUACGAGGAAUCAGAGUUAUCCCAGAGUUUGAUACUCCAGGCCACAUGGAUUCCUGGGAAAAAGGUCAGAGAGGCCUCUUGACACCUUGUUAUAAAGGAAAAGAGAAGACUGGUUCUUUUGGACCUGCAAAUCCAAUUUUGAAUUCAACCUAUGUGUUCAUGGCAAAGUUUUUUGAAGAAAUUAGCCAAUUCUUUCCAGACAACUACAUCCAUUUGGGAGGAGAUGAAGUAGACUUCACUUGUUGGCAAUCAAAUCCAGAUGUGACAGAAUUCAUGAAGCAACAAGGCUUUGGUAAAGAUUACGAGAAACUUGAAUCUUACUAUAUUCAGCGGCUUGUAGACAUUAUUGAAACCACAAACAAAAGCUACAUAUUCUGGCAAGAAGUUUUUGAUAAUGAAGUAAAGCUUAAGAAAGACGCUAUAGUUGAAGUGUGGGUAGGCGAAAAUUAUCGUCAGGAAUUACAGAAAGUUACAGCAGCUGGGUACACUACUGUCCUUGCAGCCCCUUGGUACCUAGACUACAUUAGUUAUGGACAAGAUUGGAAGAAAUACUAUGCUGUGGAACCCCUUGAUUUUAAUGGGACUAAAAGUCAGAAAGAACUCCUAAUUGGUGGAACAGCUGCCCUUUGGGGAGAAUUUGUGGAUGAAACUAAUCUCACUCCCAGAUUAUGGCCUCGAGCAAGUGCUGUAGGGGAGCGACUUUGGAGCCCCAAAACUGUCCGAAACCUGGAUGAUGCUUAUGAGAGACUGACAGAACAUCGCUGCCGCAUGGUCAGACGUAAAAUAGCAGCAGAACCUCUUUUUACUGGAUAUUGUGAACUGUGAAGUGUCCAAAUGGAGCAGGAUGGGGUACUAACCAUUACAGUUGGUGGUUGCACUGUGAUCAACUUAAUUUUGAAAUAAUGUAAAUUGAAAUUUAAACUACAGAUUUUUACAAAUAAAAUCUAUCUUUGUAAAAAUA